AAGAUGAUGAUCACCGUUGUCGUCGUGUACACGAUAUGCUGGUUGCCUCUAAAUUUAAUUUGGCUGAUCGCCGAUAACUACGAGGUGGACGAGAGAUUGAUGACCUACCUGUGGUUCUCGAGUCAUUGGUUCGCCAUGUCGCACACCUGCUACAAUCCCAUCAUCUAUUGCUACAUGAACAGCAGAUUCCGGACUUGCUUCUUCCAGGUGUUGAGUUCGGUUCCUUGCUUGAGACAGUGCUGCGCCACCCGCAUCCUGCAUCGACCCUCGACCAGCUUCCCUCUGACAACUUUUCCGGCAGGCGUCGAAGGGGGGACGGACAGUACAUUGCUUCAUCGAAACAACACCUGUACAACCUACAUCAGCAUGAGGCGGAAGAAUGGCAAUAGACUCUCAACAUCCGCAUGCAGCGUUCCAGUCAGAUCGGCUUCGAUGAUGAGGACUUCUCCGAACAACAACCAUCAAGUGGUGAGAAGGUUCCGCUACCAAAACACCCCCACAACAACCGUAGCCGAAAACGCCAUCUAACGGAUUCCAACCGCAUCAGUUACAUAACUAUAUCCAAACACAUUUAAUUUACAAAAACUUGAGCUGCGUUUACAUUACGUAAUUCCGAAGCAAACGAAUUUAAACGAAGCUUAAGUCAUAUUUUUCUAAUUAGGAAUCGCGGAGCAACCAUAAUUUUC